UGAUGUUGUGGUCGGUUAGCCGGAUGAUGUGGGCUCCAGUCGGAGGAGAAGGGAGUGUGGCAGGGUAAUUAUCUUCCUCAUAUGGCAGCAGUGUGGGUGAACUGUGUGUGGCUGCUGCUAUGGCUCCAUGUCCGGCUGUUGGAGACCAAAAACAACCCUGUUUCGAUGCUUGAUGAUGUCCUGCUGCCAUACGCCCACGGUCACGGCCCCUCCCACUCCCACCGUCAUGUCAGGGACUGUCAGCCUGUCAUCCAUGGCAACACCACCUACGAGAGCUGGGCCUCCAGUAAGCACAGCGGGCUGCCAGAGGCCGAGUCCUCUGUGUUUGUGUCAGAAAUAAAAGGACCCGACCGCUGGGUUUAUGGUCACAUGACAGUGGUCCACGACCCUCUGAGGACGGUGUCGGUGUUGGAGCCCGGCGGCCCUGGUGGUUGUGGGAUGAAGAAAUGUGCAACAGUGGAAGAAACAGCCAAAGCAGCAGGCUGUCUGUACGCUCAGAAUGCUGGCUUCUUCAAUACUUUGACCUGUAAAUGUCUGGGUAACGUGGUGAGUGAUGGGAGGCUGAUGCAGGACAGCGGAGGAGUGCAGAACGCUCAGUUUGGAAUCAGAAAGGAUGGCACUCUGGUGUUUGGGUAUUUGUCAGAAGAAGAUGUUUUGGACCAGUCCAACCCAUUCAUCCAGCUGGUCAGUGGUGUGGUGUGGCUGCUGAGAAACAGAGAGGUUUACAUCGAACAGAGCCUGAAAGCAGAGUGUGACAAGAUGCAGGAAACAGGUGAUUUCCGCCACUUUGUGGAUGUGGUGUCGGCAAGGACGGCAGUGGGCCAUGAUGCUGAGGGCAGAGUGAUCCUGUUCCACAUUGAGGGACAGACUGGAGUCAGAGGAAUGAAUCUCUGGGAGGUGGCUGAAUUUCUGCAGAAACACGGAGUGAUCAAUGCCAUAAAUCUCGACGGAGGCGGGUCUUCCACAUAUGUGAAUCAUGGCUCAUUGGCCAGCUAUCCAUCUGAUCACUGUGCAUCUGACAGUAUGUGGCGUUGUGCCCGUCAAGUGUCCACCAUCCUUUGCAUCCAUAAGCGGCGCUGCCAGCCGUCAGACUGCAGUGGACAUGGUGACUGUGUGGACGGUCGCUGUCGCUGUCAGGAGGGCUGGCAGGGAGAUGGCUGUGACUCUCUGGUGUGUCAACCUCCAGCCUGUGGAGCCCACGGAGUCUGCACUGCCAAGGGCUGCGUUUGUGAUGCUGGAUGGAGAGGAAAGAACUGCAGCCAAGUGUGCCUCCAAGGUUUCUACGGCGACAGCUGUAAACAGACCUGUGCCUGUGCUAACAAUGGGUCUUGCGAUCCAGUCCAUGGGCGAUGCAUCUGCCUUCCUGGUUUCCAUGGCAACAGCUGUGAAAACGUGUGUCCUCUGGGUUUCUUCGGUCCGUCCUGCUCUCAGGAGUGUCGCUGUGAUGACAUGUGCCCAUGUGACCCACAGACAGGAAGCUGUAACAUCACAGUGCAAGGACAGGCCAACUACACCUUACACAGAGCUGGACACUGUUUGGCCAAACAGAUGUUUACAUCAUGGAGACGGGAGGAAGACGUUCACAGAGAGCAGCCUUAUCUGUCAGAACAUUCGUGGAUGGUGAUCGCCGUUGCCCUGUUCUCUCUGUUGUCCAUCAGCCUGUUGGCUCAUAUCAUUCAGGCCUGUCGUGGAUCAGCGGCGGCUCGCUUCCCUGAACGCCGGGACUACUCCUACGUCCCGCUGACCAACAUUAACGGAGUCUCUUCACGUGGAGGAGACAAAGCAGCUGGAAAAUCUGGGAUCGGUGAGUUGGGACCGGAUGACUCGGACUCUCAGGAUGAGCUGUGGUCUCCUCCUCGCUCACGGAUAUCAUAGUAAGAACAAGUGAAGACACUGGGCAGGGUCAACUUGAUAAGAUAAGCUGCUUUUUUUAGCAGCUGCUGGACGUUGUUUGACUUUAACCAGCGGACACAAGGAACGGCACAUAUCACCUGCAGCUUAAAACUGAGUCUAGAGGAAACUUUAAACAGUUCUGCUGAAAGGAAAAACAAACUUUUGAAGCACAACUAUUCUGUUACGUCUGCAGAAGGGUCUGCAGCUGGUCAGGUGUUCGCUCACACAUUGUUUACAGCCAAAGCCUCUGAAUGUGAUCAUGAACAGGUCAAAGAUUUAUUCACUCAGAAAUCGCAACGUUUUCAUCCGUUCUGCAGCAGGUACGACCAGGUUUUCCAUGCACGAAAACACACUGAACCCUGAAGACCAAAACAGACAUGACAGUUUUUAUCGGAUGUUCAUAUGAGCUUCUCUUCUGCACUGACCUCAAAGUCUGAAUGUAAUAAAACAACAUGAUUUAUGUGCAGACUGUGAGGCUUGUCAGCUAAGCACAAUUUUCCUGCUUGUCAAGAUGCCACGAAUAUUUGUUUAACACCCGUGUGAUAAAGUGUCACCAAACUAUGACGGUAUAUGAGAGCCAUAGAUUAAAAACACAGAAUAAAGAAUGUACAACACAUAAGGAGAGGAUCAGUUUGAGUUUUCCAGCACAAGUAGGGGUUAAUAUUUACAGAAAAUCAUUAUUUCUAAAUUAAAGUUGGAAAUUUUCAAGGAAAAAAAAUUCUUGAGAGUUAAGACGUAAAUUUACAAGAUUGGGAAUUUUUUAGAUUCGAGAAAACACUCACAGGUUUGCAUGAAAAGAACUUGAAUGUUUUUAGAUAUAAAGUAAUAAAUGUCUAAAAAGACUUUUUGGUUUAUGAGAAUCUGAUACCGAGAUUAAAGUCAGAAAUGUACGGAGGAAAAAACUAUAUAUGUUUUUUAAAUUAAAGCUGUAUGUGCACAAAAACAGCAAAUUUUUGUUUGAGAAACUAGUGAGAAAGUGAAAAACAAACAGGGAAAAUCUCUUGUAUAUGAAAAAAUUAAAUAUUUUUGUUAGUUUAUAAAGUCAUAUAUUGAUGAACAUUUUGAGGAAAAAUUUUUUUUUGUUUGUUUUUUUAAAUAUGCCACUUCAUUCUUAGAGACUCUCUGACUGUUUUCUUGUUAUUUAUAUGUUUAUUUAUCAAUUAGUUUUACCUAAAGUGGCCCUGAUACACUGUCAAAGGGGUGAAAUUCUGAGAAAUUGGAUAAAUUAAAGAUGUAGAUUUAUGAGAAAAAAACAAAUAAAUUUCCAUCAAAACUCACUCUCGGCUCUGUAUUUUUACAUGGUUUUUUUUUACCCUCAUUGCUGUUGUGCUAAACAUUAUCAAACUCUUAUCAAAUAAAGCCUCAAAGUGGGAGGAGGUAGUUCUGA